AAUUGUGGACUUCAGAGCGGUGUGCAGACAGCGACAAAAUGAAGGGGGACGUGUUUGAACCAGAUGCGUUGGUAUUUGCCAAGAUAAGAGGAUAUCCAGCAUGGCCCGCCAAGAUUACCGCCGCACUUGAUGACGGGAAGAAGCCUAAGAAAUAUUCUGUGUUCUUCUUUGGGACAUAUGAAGUUGCAACAGUCAAGGUGGAAGACCUGUUUAGAUACAAUGCCCAAAGCAAGGAAAAAUAUGGGUCUGCAAAUUUGAAGAGAAAGGGGUUUGCUGAUGCCAUGAGAGAAAUUGAGGAGUCUCCGGACAUGGAGGCGAGGCCAUACCCGCCGCCGGCGCCCACCACGCCCCGCACAGUGUCGGCCGGUGCUGCGCCCGGCUCCACACCCAAACAGCGUGGCCGCGGCCGCAAGCGCAAGGAGGACGCCUCAACGCCGCUGGAGCCGGGCGGUAAGCGGCGCCGAUUGGACAGCGGCGAGGCGCCGGUCGCUGCGGCCGCCGCCGCCGAGCCCCAGCUCAGCCGCAGCGGCCGCAAGAUCAAGCCGAAGCGCUUCGCCGACGACGAGGGGCGCAAGAAGUCGUCGCCGGCGGCGGGCCGCCGCCAGACGCCGGCCGCCCAGCCGGCCGGCGGCGAGCCGGACGAGGACGAGCUCGCCCCCGCCGUCAAAACCGAGGAGGACGACGAAGACGAGGAGGCGGAACAGCCGCUGCCCAUGGACACAGCCGAGGAGGAGGAGGGCGGCGCCGGGGACGGGCUCGCCGAGGACCCGUUGGCCGACCCCGCUGGCCAGCCGAUGGACGGCCAGGGCGACGAUCAGCCGCCCGAGCCGGAGCGCCGUGACGUGCGCUACAAGCCGUACCCGUGCCACGAGACCGAGGACAUCAUCCGCGUGGUGGACUCGGCCACCGUCGAGAAACAGGACGACGGUCGGAAGGUCAUGUACGUCAAGGCCAAGUGCGGCGAGAUGCUCGAGAUCGACAUUUCGGACCGGGAACGGCCCAAGGAGUUCAAGUCGGAGAAGGCGCGCAUCAUGUGGGACACGGCCACGGCCAUCAACCUGGCGCGCCUGAGACACCAGCUGGAGCGGGGCGAGUGCGUGCCGGAGCGGCUGCGCGAGAAGCUGCUGGCGCGCGGCGACGUCGCCGCCGAGGUCAAGGAGAAGCUCAAGAAUGAGAAGCGGCAGGAGAUGCGCAAGAGCAAGCUCUGGUGGCUGCGCGACGAGGCCAGGCUGAUCGAGCUCGACUACCACAUCAAACUGAACCUGAUCAUCGACGAACAGAACCACGAAAAGUGCAUCAAGGUGUUCGAGGAGCUCUCGCAGAUGAACAUGGCGCCGCUGAUGCUGAAAAAGAACCCCGAGAUCGUGGAAACGGUGCGCAAGUGCAGGAAGUACACGGGCAGUUCUGAGAUCCGAGAGCUGGCCGACAAGUGCUACCAGAAGUUCAAAAAAAUGUUCGUCGUCCCGCCUGGCAAGAUGUUCCGCGAGUACUUUGACGAGCAGCUGGCCCAGUUCCGCAAGAUUACCGCCGAUAUGCCUGAGGAGAAGGUCAUCAGGAUGGUGCGCGACCCGCUCUUCCAGCGGCCGGGCGAGGCCAGCAGCGAGUCCGAGGACGAGGUCUGGCCGCCGGCGCCGCCUAAUGAGUAUGUAUCGGCCGGGCGAGGCCAGCAGCGAGUCCGAGGACGAGGUCUGGCCGCCGGCGCCGACUAA